UUAAUCUAUAUUCUGCAGUUGUGAUGAACGUGUUCAGAAGAUCCAAACUAUUAAAAUGCUGGAGGGUAUCUUCAUCUGUGCUGCUCCUCACUGCCUGAAAUCAUUCCUUAAGAAGGCUGAAUUUGAAUCCCAUGUCCAUGAUACCCAUGCUGAUCUUCUUCAGUUUAAUGCAGAGAAGGAAGGUGGCAGUGAAACUAAUAAUUUGAAUGUUGCACGGCCCACUUCAGCUGAUGUGCAGAAGCAGUCGCCAUUGCCAGAAGCCUCAACUGCUCGAGCUCCAGCGAGGUCUGGUUUCUCCCCCAGUUCAAAUUCUAUGCCUCCGGAUCGCGAAGACAGAGUCUAUCGCCUUCCAUCGAGAGACCAGUCAUACUCUAGACCUCCACUGCAAGUACGCCCACCGCCUUUUCCUUCUUCCCAGUCACAUCAGCCAAGCGACAUGCAAUCGGAAAGCAACAUACCUCAAUUCUCCGAUCGGCCCUACAACUGGUUCCCUCCACCCCCUCGCAUUGACAACCAAGGAAGCACACAGUAUCAGCAAGAUACUGACCAGUUUCCUUUAGAAAGGAGUGCAGGGGCUCCCCCAGAAUCCAUGUUCCCCAACUUCGCAGCUCAGCUUCCUCACCAACCAAACUACCCAGUACCUGGCAAUCCCCACCAACCUCUAAUCACAGCCUCAUUUAACUUCCCCUCUUUCCCAGCAGAUGGAUCCCAGCCAUUCUUUGGAGCUCCAGUUGAGAUGCCGCGAGCUGAAUCUGCUCCAUCGGAGGGCGGAUCCGAUCAAGGAUCGGUGUUGGGGAUUCCACCAGCUCCUACAGGAGUAUCUGGCUUUCGAGAGAAUUUCGCUCGACCUUGGGGUAUGGAUCUUAUGAGCAUGCCCUUUCCUCCCAUGCCUUUAGUCCAAGCAAUUUCCGACAGCUUUGUGAACCCAGCAGAUUCUCAGGGAGGAAUGGCAUUCUUCCAAGGUGAUUUUGGUCAGGGUUUGCUGAAUCCAACAGGCAAGGAAUCUGAACAGCAAAGUGGCUCUGGAAAUCACAUUGAUAACAAGAGCCUUUUGUCUACUUUACCAGGGAAAAUGCACAGUCCUCUUCCACUUCCACCACCGCCGCCUCAUCCUCCGCCAUUGUCACUGCAACUUAAUAGGACUAGAUUCUCGGCCUCCGGCGAUGCGACCAGGGAGGGCCAAGGCACUGGGUGGCAAAACGAGAAGGGGAGGUUUGGGAAUUGGCCAGAUUAGUCUUUGUGCUAUUCUCUAUAAUAUUGAGACUUUAUUUAAAGUUUUGAUUUCAUGUAUAAUAACUUUCAGAUUUUGCCAACUCUCCCAUGAAUGCCGUUUUGCUUCCAAUGCAGCAGCCAUUGCUUUUGUAUGGGAAUAUCUUAUGCCUGCAUGGAAUUAAAUUCUCUGAUGCAGCAGCAGCAGAUGUAUAAAUUUCAAAUAGGAUUACGAUAAGAUAUUGUUAGAAAUUUUUUUGGUUCAAAUAGGAUUGAUUUAUUGUU